AUGUUCUGGAAGUUUGACUUGAACACCACGUCCCACGUCGACAAACUGUUGGAUAGGGAGGAUGUGACACUGCGAGAGUUAAUGGAUGAAGAUGAUAUCCUGCAGGAGUGCAAGGCUCAGAACCAGAAGCUGCUGGGCUUCCUCUGCAGGCAGCGGUGUAUGGAGGAGCUAGUGAGCCUCAUUACACAGGACCCGCCCCUGGACAUGGAGGAGAAGGUCCGCUUCAAGUAUCCAAACACAGCCUGUGAGCUGCUGACUUGUGAUGUGCCACAGAUCAAUGACAGACUAGGAGGGGAUGAGACUCUGCUGAACCUUCUUUACGAUUUCUUGGACCACGAGCCGCCUCUCAACCCUCUGCUCGCCAGUUUUUUCAGCAAGACCAUUGGUAAUCUCAUUGCAAGAAAAACUGAACAGGUGAUUCUGUUCUUGAAGAAGAAGGACGGGUUCAUCGGCCUGGUGUUGAAGCACAUCGGCACCUCGGCCCUCAUGGACCUGCUGCUGCGCCUCGUCAGCUGCGUGGAGCCGGCUGGGCUCCGGCUGGACGUCCUGCAUUGGCUUAAUGAAGAGAAGAUCAUCCAAAGACUCGUGGAAUUGAUCCAUCCAAGUCAGGAUGAAGAUAGACAGUCCAACGCCUCUCAGACCCUCUGUGACAUCAUCAGGCUGGGCAGAGAGCAGGGCAGUCAGCUGCAGGAGGCUCCGGAGCCCGACCCCCUCCUCACAGUGCUGGAGUCGCAGGAGUGCGUGGAGCAGCUUCUGAAGAACAUGUUUGACGGAGACCAGACUGAGAGCUGCCUCGUUAGUGGGACUCAGGUGUUACUUACCUUGUUGGAGACAAGGCGGGCUGGGACAGAGGGCUUGGUGGACUCCUUUUCUCAGGGACGGGAAGGGCUGUGUACCGUCAGCAGCGGCGUACUGCAUGGCAUUGAGCCACGGCUGAAGGACUUCCACCAGCUUCUGCUCAGCCCGCCGAAGAAAACAGCAAUCCUGACCACCAUUGGCGUGCUGGAGGAGCCCCUGGGGAACGCCCGUCUGCACAGUGCCCGCCUCACGGCCGCACUGCUACACACAAACACACCCAGCAUCAACCAGGAGCUCUGCCGGCUCAACACCAUGGGUUUACUGCUGGACCUGUUUUUUAAGUACACUUGGAAUAACUUCUUGCACUUCCAAGUGGAGCUAUGCAUAGCCGCCAUCCUGUCCCACGCUGCCCGGGAGGACAGGGCAGAAGCCAGCGGACCGGAGAGUGGGGUGGAGCUUCUGCCCGGGAACGGGGGCCCAGACACCCCCCAGCCUGCCGCCAGCCGCCCGGAGAACACAAUGGUGACCCAUCUGUUCCAGAAGUGCUGCCUGGUCCAGAGGAUCCUGGAGGCCUGGGAAGCCAAUGAUCACGCACAGGCAGCGGGCGGCAUGAGGCGCGGCAACAUGGGCCACCUUACCCGGAUCGCCAAUGCGGUGGCGCAGAACCUGGAGAAGGGCCCCAUGCAGACCCACAUCAGCGAUGUCAUCCGAGGGCUCCCUGCGGACUGCCGAGGGCGCUGGGAGAACUUUGUGGAGGAGACCCUGGCGGAGACCAACCGCAGGAACGCUGUGGACCUGGUAAGCACCCACCACCUUCACCCCUCGAGUGAGGAUGAGGACAUGGAGGGCGUUUUCCCUAAUGAGCUGUCCCUGCAGCAGGCUUUCUCUGAGUACCAGGUCCAGCAGAUGACGGCCACCUUCGUGGAUCAGUUUGGCUUCAACGACGAGGAGUUUGCUGACCAGGAUGACAGUGUCAAUGCUCCCUUUGACAGGAUCGCGGAGAUCAACUUCAGCAUUGAUGCUGACGAGGACAGUCCCAGCGCAGCUCUGUUUGAGGCCUGCUGCAGUGACCACAUCCAGCCCUUUGACGAUGACGAGGAGGAUGACAUCUGGGAGGACAAGGAGAUGCACUGCACUGCCCGGGUGACGGCCAGAGCCAGGUUUGGGGGUCCUCACACCUCAGAUAGCUGUUCCAAGAAUGGCCUGGAGCGUGGAGGCCGGGACAGGAAGGAGGGUUUGGAGGCAGACAAGGAUGCCGCUCGGGCAGGUGCCCCUCUGGCUUCUACGCAGAAGGAAGGUCCUCGCUUGGAGGGUGGCUCAGAAGGCACCUCGUGGACGGUGUUUGACGAGCCGGUGAACUCACCGGCACCGGGCCCGGGAGUGGCGGUGGACGUGGGUUCCAACGUGUGGGCAGCCAGCACCCCCAGCCCCUCGGCUUUGGAGGAAAAAGGCUGGGCCAAGUUCACCGACUUCCAGCCUUUCUGCUGCUCCGAGUCGGGGCCUAGGUGCAGCUCCCCAGUGGACAUGGGCCACGGCGAUGCCCGGGAUGGCCCGAAGCAGGGCCCCGAGAGAGCCCGCCCGGCUUCCCCAUGUGCCUGGAGCGCCUGUGUCACCAGGAAGGCCCCCUUGGUGGUUUCCGACCACGGUGAGGGCGAGCAGAAGAUGGCUGGUGCCUUGGAAGCUGUCAGUCUGGGUCCCAGCCGGGAGGCUCCCCUGCUGCCCGCGUCAGUCCCCAGGACGGACACGCUGUCAGACCCCACCUCCCCCACGCCUGCAGAAGCAACCUUUGCCCCGGCUGUGGCUGUCCCCCCCGAGGCUGCUGUGGCGGCCACCCCAGCACCGAGCAAGGCCAGCCCCGCCCCAGCCACCAUGGCAGGGCCCCCAGGGCCCAUGGCGGCCAUCAGCCCUGCGGCCCCAGCCACAUGCACAGUAGCCAUCCUGGGCACCGUGACGAAAGACAGGAAGAUGGACUCACCACCCCCUGCAGGAGCCGCCUUGAACGGCCCCGUGUGA